AUGUGCUCGGCCGAGCUGAUCGGGGAACGCUUUGAGGUGAGGCUCGACCGCACGCUCGGGACCGGAGGCUUCGGCACGGUGUUCUUCGCUCUCGACAGGUCGGCGUCGCAAACGCUCGGUGUGGCAGCGAAGCGCGGCAGCGCGGCGGAGCUGCGCGCGGAGGCGCGGAUGCUAGAGCAAGUGGCGGGACACCCGUCCGUCAUAGGGCUGAUUGCUUUCGAGGAGGUGCCCGGAGGCACGGCCUUCCUCUUCCUCGAGAUUUGCAGCGGCGGCGAGCUCUUCGAGCGGGUGACCGACGGAGGGCCCAUGCAGGAGCGUGUGGCGCGCUCCUUUGCGGAGAGCAUCGCCGAGGCGCUCCGGCACUGCCUCUCGCGCGGCGUGGUGCACCGAGACGUCAAGCUCGAGAAUGUCAUGAUCGUGGGCGAGGACCACCGCUCAAUCAAGCUGAUCGACUUUGGGUUUGCGUGCGAGGUGGAGCCGCAGAGCAGCGGCGAGUCCAGCGACGACCUCGUCUACCGCACGGCGAGCGCGGAGCUGCGGCGGCCGCCCUCCGCCACCACCGCCUCGCCCGUCGAGGCCGCCGUCGAGGCCGCCGAGGACGAGGAGGUCCUCUACCGCACGGCGAGCGCGGAGGGCGGGCGAGGCGGCGGCGGGGGGAGGCUGGCCGCCCCCGCGCCCCCGGACGGGGCGCUGCGCCUCGUGAGGCAGAACGGGGUUGUGCUCGGCGCCGCUGCCCUGUAG